GUGACCAUGAGCUCCCGCCGAGAGCGCCGCUGGUCCCAAUGCAGAUGCAGAUUGAGGACGUUGUUCGAUUGGAUUCUGAGCGAGAGAGUGUUCUCGUGCAGCCUGGCCAGUCUGUCGCUGUGGAGCAGCCCCCUGCUGCUAUUGCUGCUCCCCAGCCUGUUGGUCCUGUGUCUACUGUGGAGGAAGCACCUAGUGCUCGUGGAGGCGUAGACGUGCAGACUGCUCCUGUUGAUGGUCUUGCUGACAGCGAUACUGUGGCGCGACACCGAGUCUCGCACUCAAGAGAUGUACCUGUGCCAGCGACGUAUAAGCAGGCAAUUCGGUCGAAGUUUGCUGCGUACUGGUUGGCCGCUAUUGCUGAAGAACCCGAGUCGCUGCGCAAGCAUGGUGUGUGGCAGGUUGUAGAUAGAAGUGCUGCUGGAAAAUCUGCUGUGAUCACGAACAAUCAUUAG